AAACACCUAGCACCCGAUCUGCAAUCAAAUUCGGAGCGAUCCGCGGGACCGGAGCGGCGAAAAGCGCGGUAGUUGCAGCGAGAAAAACUCUCUUCGUCGUGCAGACACCGUAUACCGUACAGGCUUUGGAACGUUCGCGUGUGGUGCUGCAGGAAGUAAACACGGUCUUGCGUGCAUUCGGAGAUCUCACAUGACAGUGGGAGGCGAGAAAAUUUGAUAGAAGACUCCGAUAUGGCUGCGUCGAUAAAGCCGGUCGCUGGGACCCAAUUCAUGUCGUCGAAAAAACCGCAGUUCUUGUGCAAACUCGACGGACACCAAGAAACCGUGAAUCAGGCCAUUCUCAUCGGGGCGGAGGACGACCCGGCGGUGAUUUCCAUAUCCGAUGACAAAACGAUUCGGAUUUGGUCUCGGAGGGACUCGGGCCAGUACUGGCCGUCGAUAUGUCACACCAUGCCGGCUGCGGCCAGCGCCAUGGACUACGAGCACGGAACCAGACGGCUAUUUGUCGCUUUGGAUAAUGGAACCAUCACCGAAUUCGAUCUGUCCGAUGAUCUGAACAAAAUCACGCUCCGGAGGAGCUAUAUCGCCCAUCAGCAACGCGUAGCGUCCAUUAAGUUUUCAUUAGCGACGGAGUGGCUGUUAUCGGCUGGCAAAGACAAGUACUUCCAGUGGCAUUCCACCGAAACAGGUCGUAGACUGGGAGCUUUCCAGAGCUCGUCAUGGUGCACAACGGUAGAAUUUGAUGCGGCUUCGCGACACGCGUUCGUAGGUGACUAUUCAGGGAACAUCACGAUGCUUAAGUUGACGGAAACGAACUACCAGCCUGUCACCACACUACGAGGUCAUUCGGGAUCGAUCCAGACCCUGUUAUGGGACGAGAAGAAGAGUCUGCUCAUUUCUGGAAGUUUCGACCAGGUCAUCAUAGUGUGGGACAUUGGGGGUGGUAAAGGCACAGCCUAUGAACUCUGCGGUCACAAACAACGCGUAACAGGUCUAGCGAUUUUUGGUCAGAAACUCCUAUCAGUCUCCGAAGAUUCUACCCUCGUCGUCUGGGAUAUGUCGGCGAAAAGACAAGGGACCCCGGAAUGGGCAGAGCGGGACUGCUGUGAGCGCUGCGCAAGGCCCUUCUUCUGGAACGUCAAAGCUAUGCUUGACCAGAAACAGGUUGGUUUGCGUCAGCAUCACUGCCGCCGAUGUGGGAGAGCACUCUGCGACAAGUGCUCUUCGAACCGGUCCCCUCUGCCGGUUUUAGGUUACGAGUUCCCCGUUCGCAUUUGCGACGAAUGCCAUCUGCACGUCUCGGAUCGCGAUCGACAAUCCCUCGCAGAGUUCCACGACUUAAAGACGCCGGUUGCCGGUAUGUCCCUCGCACCGAACGGCGUGAAAUUGAUGGCCACCGUCGGAUCGGACCGCAACAUGAAAAUUUGGGACAUCGCCACAGUGAUCUGAGCGGGGACGCAGGACAAAUGAUAAGACACUGUACACUGGUUGAUCAGCCGCAAACUCUCAUCGAGGCUGCCUUAUACGUCCUGUCCUAGUGUGCAGUUCCUCGACACCGAUUAUUAUCUUUUCGAGUUCCACAUGCUGGCUGAUCUAGAUAAUAAUUAUUGUCGCUGAAUGAUGAGACUGAAGAAGAGGAUCACGAAUAGUGAUUUACGCCCUGUCGAUGUUCAGGGCGGAGGUCCUGUUUCUUUUCUUGUGUGAAUGAACUAUCAUAUCGCUAGUUGUAGUCUAUCUAGGUAAUCUAUUGAAUCGCCUUCGCGGCCAGUUCCGACUGCGGUCUGUUUUCUACGGUUUUCGAGAUAACCAGCACGUAUAACAGUGACCUAAAACCCGACAUAUAGAGCAUACGGUCAUCAUGUGAAACUUGAGAAAUCCGACCGAGAACCAUAGCUGGAUACAUACCUGUGAAAUCUACGCAACUGUUAAGCAUAGCUAGGAGUCGGAGCGACUCGGAUGAGGUUGUUCGCACAUCUUACGACGGGAUGUCGACGAGGUGAUCCCCCCAUGAUAAUGAUGAUGAUAAGUUUCUCAUGAAACUUCCCCCGAUAGCACCGUUCUAGAAGAUAUCGAUAACCUGGACGGUGAUAUGGACACGGAUGGAUGGAUGUGCUGGCGUGAAUAUUCGCUGAAUGCGGUGUCCAAUCAAAAACCGCGAAUGUUUGGCGGUAAUUAAAUCAGUGUCAUAGAUGGCGAGGACUACCACUCGAUAUCGCGGAUCGAACGGAUCCACGCCAUCCCUGAGGUGCCGAAUACAAGCGAAUAUACAAAGCUUUCAGAGAAAUUGAAUUUGACGGGAGC